CGCCCAAAACAAAAGUACUAACAGUCCUAGAUCGGAAUGGUGUUCUAAUUGACUUCUAGAAUUUAUGAUCGCGAUCGCAACUUUUGCGUAGAUCACAAGAAUAUGGAAGGAAUUUAUGAAGUAUCGUCUUCUGAAAAAGUCAAAUCUCUGGAAGAAGAUCUAAAGAAAGAGCUGAAGGAAUUACAAAAUGAAGUCGAAGAGGGAAAUUUCCUGAGCUCGUCUGCAGCGCCAAAGGCAUUCGGAUCUGUUCCGUUGCCUAAGGAUGUCGAUCACUUUAAAAGAGAAAGGAAGCUUGCCAUUAACAAAAGUCUUCAGGUUCGCGAAGCUCAGCCUUUGAUUAUACAAUCAGAUGUGAUGCAAGAGGAGAUGACCAGCUGUUGUCAAGUAGAAUAUACUGCAAAGAGUAUUCCACUUUUGCUUCAUCAGUUUUUUGUGGACAGAAUAGAACACUUGGUUCAGUGUAAACACAUGCACAUGCUGCGCUGGGCCCGUUUCUGUGAGCACACAAAGGCCAUAGAAAAUCUGUUUCCUGUGUACCAGAAAAGGCUCAGUUAUAUCAUGGAAGAAUAUCAAGAUUGUCUCCAGCGCGCGAGAAGGCUGGCUGUGGCAUGUGAAGUAACUCUAGCGGGAGGUGAUUCGGCGAUGAGUGUAGUUACUAUGGAUGAUCUACUGAUUUACAGUCGAUGGUUCAUCUGUAUGUUGCAUUCAGUGAAGAAUAUUCAUGCAUUCAUCAGGACGGUCGAGUGGCUUCCUUUGACACACAAGAACACUAUUUUACCUCAAGUCGCUGAAAAAGAAGAAAAACCUCCUGAACAGGAACGAAAGGCCUCUGUGGGACCGCCCUCCAAAGCACGAGGCCAACUGAAGAAGAUUCUCAGUCAGGUGUCGAUUACGGCCCAUCUCCAUGUCCUGAGGCCCCAACCCACCCCUGAUGCUAGUCUUCCACCACCUCCCCCUCUUAGUCUGACUCCAUAUCAGCUGGUGUCAGGAACGAAUCCCUCCAUUGCGGCUGCAGCAGCUGCUUCGGGCGGAGGGUUGGCGUCUGACGAGAUAAACCUGAAGUUGCCACUACACGAGACAAUUUUUACCACCAUAAAGCCGCUGUUGGAGUUCUUUAUGACUUGUUAUGCUGUUGAGAUGGACAUCAAUCAAAUCAACACUCAUGCAGAUGAAAUGGAUCUCUUUACGAUGGUCUCCAGGAGAUUCAAAAAAGUUUUCUCCAAACAAGAACAAAUGAGAACAUUCCCCGUUUACGAUGCUUCAAUCGAGGAGUUUGGAGAUAGCAAAAUAAGAAGCGAAGGAGCCUUGCACACUUUUAAGCAGCAAUCGAACUGGACCUCUUUUAAUUCUCUUAGGCCAGAGCAGGCCUCUAUUCAAGUUAAGGCCAUGACAAAGCUGAAACAUAAAGGCAACAUCGAUGAGUUACUUAGAGCUCAUUCACGUUUCCUUCAUGUACAAGAUGGCCAGAGAAUACUAUCAUCAUUAAAAGAACAUGCUAAAGCUGUCUUGGAGCCGCCAAAACCUCAUGCAGUUUCUGUGACGACUUACCGCGCUGAGAAUGACACGGCUGCAGUUUGGAAACGUAUCUUCAGCUAUGCUUCUGUGAGUUUGAGCUCCAAGGAUGAUGUUCUGGAGUUUGACACCAAAAUCAGUGAAGACGACAUGGGUGGUAAUAGUAACUCCACUGGUGAAUUUGAUCUUGGUACUGCGGUGGAACUUCUCGGCUUGGAUGACGAAGAUGCUAAGACUCAGGCCAGUAAACUUCAAGGCGCCUACAUGUCCUUUCUCCUUCUGAGGCACCUUAGGCUAAGGGAUCUGCAGAGAUCGUGCCUUGGCAUACUCAACUACUUCAAGUCAACUGAGAGAACGUUAACGAUUAAUGAUGGUGGCUUGUCAUUGGAAGGAGGAAAACAAAAGGCGUCCAAACAUCAAGUGUUCCAUGGCGGUGGAAUUUCAGGUGUUGGAUCACAUCAGUACAUUCACAACACUCCGGCUGAUUACAGGGUUGAACAGUCUGAAUUCAUGGAGUUUUCAGAGGUCGAAAAUCAUGAUGACUUCAUUACAACUGAAGAAGGUCGGGUGCAUAUUCAGGACCAAAGAGGCUACUACAUCUUGUAUGAUACGGCGCUUGCAGCCUUCAAGGAACUGGAGACUGAACUUUUGCUUGUGGCCACCCAUUUCCUUCAGAAAGACAAAGAUUUGAGGCUUCCCAAAAAUUCAAAGUUUCAGGGAGAUCAUAUUGAUCUGGCAGCGUAUGGUCAUCAGCAAGUGGACAGAUUUGCUGUUCUUUUGGAUUUAUGGACAAAUGAAGCUGCAUAUUUGGAAAACAAGAGACAGCUGUUAGACUGUUAUCUGGAGGCUUAUCAUCAUGUCUUUGACCCAAAAGAGAAAAAACGGCUCGCUCAGAUUAUGGUUAAUGUGAUGCACUCGAGACCAAGAUACGAUUUUUCUGCUGACUACUUCGUGAAGACAUAUCGAGCUGAAUGUGUCUGUCUGCGACUUCAUUGCAACUUAAUCAAGUCAAUUCUUGACAAACAGAUUGACGAUGAGCGAGAGUACAUUCAGAAAGUUUCAAGGGAAGAUAAUUCUACAUUGUUUGGUCUUCCCCAUCGGAUCAUUCCUCAACAGCAUAUUGCAGUGAACACCAGUCGACCCGCCCUUAGAUACGUCUACAUGUUGGAAUUCCAUCCAUCCCUUGGUCUAGCCAGCAGAGUAUACGAGGCAUUGCAGAGCGCUUUGAAGAUGUUUAUCCAGAUACACAAACCAAAAAGUACAGGAGAGAUGAUAUCACUUGAACGUCGCUUAUAUGAAGUAGCACAAAAGGAAUGGGACAGCCAGGAACCAACUGGCCACUCAUUUGCACUGCAGACACAGAAAGACCUCUUUUCUGAAGUAUUCGUGGAAGAUCCUAUCUUUGUUUGUGAAGUUGCACAGUCCCUGGUAAACCAAGCUUUCAAUUCCAAAAAGGGUGGACGAAAGUCUGUUAAGGAAAAACAAAAGAUACUCACGGAAACCUGGUCAAAACUGUUGGAGGUUAUAACUUUAAGACACAGGCUCAUAACUGCUGCCCAGGAAACAGAUGUAGUCACGAAGGCAUACAAGCGACAAGCCAAAGAGAUUGGAUUUGAUGAAUACCAUGCGUUUCUUCGUGCCGUGUCGUUUGACUUUGCACAGGCAAAACCAGAUGCUGAGAUACAAAAUGUUCUCAUUACCGUUGUACAAGAAGACGAUAGUAGGGUAGACAGAUACACACCAGCAUAUACUCCUCUGGCCAUUCAAGAACUGGAUGAAAAGCAUUUGGGCACGUUCAGCUUUCGCACAAGAGAAGGAGUGUUGCAGAUUAUGUCAGGAACAGGCGUGGAAAAGUUGCAAACGAUCCUAAUGGCUCAGGUUGUUCACAAGAAUCUUAUCAUUGCAUCCAUUCUUCAACUCGACGGCUGUUCAAAAAUCAUCAAAGCUGCAAAAGCAAAGGAAGCAGAAACCGAGAAAAGCGCUGGAUUAUCCCCAGGCUCCUCGCAUGACACUUCCUUUGCUAGUCGGCCUAGUUCAGGCGAGGGAACGUCUGCUCAUCUUGCACCAUUCUCCACCAAGAGACUGGACCGAGAGUUUGAACGCAAGCUUCAGGAGGUGUUUGUAUCGGUGCAGUUGGAGAAGACGUUUUUGAGAGAUAAAAUGUUAAAUGACUAUAUACACAAAAAGGAACAAUUGGGAACAGUCAUGAAGAACAUUGAUGAGGUUAUCAAGCUGAAAAGAAAAUUAGUCACGGAUUUCUGCGAAAACCUUCACAAGAGAGUUUCCCAGUAUUCCUUGCAGUCGCAGAUAAUCGCUUAUUCUGCAAGUCUGUUAAAUCUUAUGGCUGACUUUCCAACCACAAGAGAUGCUCAUUUUGUUAUUGGCGAGGAAGAUGAGAAGAAGACUGAAGAAGAUGAUAACUUAGUUUCUGAUCCCAAGCAAUUCAGACCCAGGUCUCGAAGGCUGCUGUCGUCCGAUGGCAAAAGUUUACUUAACCUCUGGUUUAUUCCUCAUUACACCGAGAUAACAAGGAUGUUUUCUAAAAUGAAAGGAGAUCAAAGAAACGCAGCUCUCAAAGUGAUGCUGCAACUUAUUUCAUCGCUUCACGACAUCUGUCAGUACCUCUGUGCGCAUGCCCGCCUUGGCAGCUCGCAUGCCCGACUUGGAUCACAGAAGCUGGAAUUUUCUGGGGUGACCGCUGACUGGGGAGGCACUGAGGGCAUCGGUGCUGAGUUACGUGAGAUUCAGAAACAAAUCAACCAUCUGGAAAACCCGCACGAUCCUCAAGAGGUUGCAGACUUCCUUGCCAAACGCCGUGAUAAUAUGUUUUUGGAGUUCGACAUUUCCAUCAGUCACUCAGUGCGGGACACUUUCCUUUCUACUGGAAACGAAGCUGCCUAUAAAAGCAUUACAGAUAACAUGGAGUUCGCUCUUCAAAACCUCAGCAAUCUCCCCAGACCAUGCAUCUAUAAUGCGCAGAUCUCGCUACCUGAACCGUUAGAAGCAAAAGAGACUCUGGCACGAAGUUUGUAUCCUUGGAGAGCCUUCCUAGAAAGGUACGGUCCUUUCCCGAUGAUGUACUGGCAAUGGGACCUCAUUGGGGAGAAUAUGCAGCUGUGUUUAGCUGGAUUACGUGAUGUGGACAGACAUGUCGUCAAUGGUGAAAUCCUUGGCGUAUCCCUGCUUCUGGAAGAUGUUCUUCAAAAUGGCCUUCCCGAAUUAUUUUCACAACAACCAGACGAUUCGGCAGCCUCCGGCUCCACAGGGCAGCGUUCUAGACCGAGCACGAGCACUUCCCGAAGACCUCCGAGCCGUCAUGGCGACAAGCAAGACAGUAAUGAAGAUGAAGGUGGCAAAACCUCUGUUCCUGUAGAGACUGGUCCCUAUGGAGACAUCCCCAAGGGAGUGGUAUCAUUCAGCACCAAUCCCCAAGCAGCCGUGAAACUGAUAAAUUUGUUUCUGUUGGUGUGUUCCCGUUUGGAACUUCUAAAAACUGACUGGGGAUGUCGGAAGCUUGGAGUCAACGAGAUAGCGACUUCUAGGCUCUACAGAACCAUGUGCAAAGUGUAUAAGAUCGAAAUCCUGCAGCCAGUGUACCAACAAGUUGCUGUUAAAAUGGGCCAGGGCCAAGAGUACGCCGCCCUCGGUGCGUUGGUGAACGACGAUGAACCUUUGUCCUCUCCCCCUGGUGCAACAGAGAUGGAGCUGAAAGUCAAACAGCUCAUUCGUUUACUGGAGAACUUAGAGUGCACCAUGAUUUAUGACGUCAUCAGGAGGAUAUCCCGUGAGCACACGUUGGUCGUGUCUGAGAGAGGUAGAGAUGACGCAACACUGCCGACUGAUCUGUGGAAGAGACCGGUCAUGAAAGAAAAUUGCACCAUCGCUAAGCCUCAUCUGGUGGAGAAUUUCAUCCAGGAUCUAAUGUCAGAGCACACGGAAAAGGACGAAAAUGUUUCCUUUACAAGGGACCAUUUGGACAAAUGCUUAGUAAAGCUAGCCUCUGAGACAAUGCUACGGGAAAGGAACUGUUUCGAGAGCUACGCCAUGUACUAUGAGAACCUCCUCCGUCAUCAGCAUCAGUUGUUGUACAUGAAGGAGCAGGAGAUAAAGCAGCAUCAAGAUACAAUUGAAGCUAACAGCUCUGCUACCAUCGUGGAUGUUCACUGUCAAUUAGCGGACCGAAGCCAUGAACAACUGCUUGAGAUCACUGCUCUCCGAGCGAAGAUUGCCGAGAUGAGAGAGUCCCUCAUGAAUCAGGAAAAGGAACUCCGAGAGCGAAUCAAGAGCGACUUUGCAUUUCUAGUUCAGGAACUAUUUUCCAACUGCUUUUCGAUGAAAAACAGUUUCGAGGAAUUCAGAUUAUUUCUACACGAUGACGUUCAUGAGGGACUGAGCGACGUGCGUCGUAAAGCCGUGGAAGACAUGAAAAAACUUAGAGAGAAGUCUGGAACAUUAAAAGAGGAAAGCGAAGCUGCUUCGAAACAAGUUUUAGCCAAGUCAGAACAAAUCAGAAAAUUCCAAGAAGAAAACAAAUACCUUGGACAACUGUUCCUAAAGAUAAAGACAAUGAAUAACUGGAAGCGAACACGUCUCUUUAUCCGGUAUCACGACUCGGUCGAGAGUUUACGAGAUGAGGCAGACAAAGCCAAACGAGAGUGCUUAGGAGUUAAGAAGAUUGCAGAAGAGAAAGAAAUACUAUUUAAACAAGAACAGGCAGCUCUGAGAAAGGCUCUUUCAGAGGUGGAGCGAGAGUGCCAGAAACUGCGUAAAAAGCUACAAUACGAGCAAAAGACCAAGCUGCAGAAGAUGCAUGCUCAGAUGCAAGAAGCGCACAGUAUGAGACAACUGGAGCUCGCCAAGUCGACAAACAUCGAUAAACUAAUAGCAGAUCUGGAAGAGAAGGAACUGCAGCUUCGUCUUCUUACUCAAAACUUGGAUAGAGAUCAGCGAAGAAAUCUUUUCGCGCAAGAACAAUCCAAGAAGGCCCUAAAGCAAAUGAUGCAGCAAUUGGACCAUGAAAGAAACUUGAAACUUGACGCUUUUGAACGCGUUGAAGAUCUACAGAGACAGAUUUAUGAAUACGAGCAACAUCUGACCAGCGGCUUUUCGAGGCCAGGCUCUGGAGCAGGUUCUAGAUCUGCAUCCCGCACAGACAAACGCCCCCUGUCCUCGUACCGGACGGUGCCGGACACCUACGCCGCGUCUCCGCUGUUUGUUCCAUCUACCCGUCCAUCUAAGCCUGUCAAUGUGGUACAGCCGGUAGCUGGAGGAGGUUUUUGGCCACCCCCUGUGGUAUUUCCACAGAGACAAGCCACUACACCGGACCCUGUGAGUAGUUCAUAUUCACCGCCUCCCAAAAUUCAAAGGCCAAAAACUCAUACUGGUCGUUUGAGAGGGAAAAUUUCUGACAGUCUCUUGGGUGACGUUGAAUCAGAUGAUCUCCCAGAUACAAGACUUCCUCCAACAUUUUAAACUCUUAAACUACACUAGGAAAGGCAAACAGACUCACUCUGGGCAACGUUCAGGAAAAUUGAAAGCGCAAUAUGAGUGAAACGAGUUGAAAGGAGCCUGGGGAGAAAAAACAAGGCAGCCCUAGCACAUACUCGGUUUUUUCGUACAGCAGCUUGUUCACACGCUAGGGAAAUGCUUUCUCCUCUAUAAUGAUUUGGCUGCAAUGUAGAUUAAAGGAAGUCUGUUACCUCAGUCGAAUUUACAAGUUUACACCCUGAGACGCGACUUAAAUCCAAGGACUCGAGAAUACGAGACUUGAUUGUAUUAUAGACCCGAGUGAUUAGUUAAAUAUUAUCUUGAAAAUGAAUUAAUAUACGAAUAACUAACACAAGGAAAUUGUGUGGAAGAAACUUAAAAGCCAUAGAAUAGAUGAAUUAUUUAUGCCAUGAUUUUGGACACGUUCACACGCUGAUGACAACAUUUUAUGAGGUUUUUACUUUUCAAAGAAUCGAUUGGCUUUGCAGCAUGUCAAUUUUAUUUAGGAUUUUUCUUGCAGAGAAGUUAGACGCAGCAAAAUCUUGCUCCUACUUUGUUUAAUUUCUUCAGGGGUACCACUAUCGGUACUUUAAUAUAUUCCAGUAAGAUGGUUUUGAAGAACUAUUUAUGAUCGAAACUGUAGGUGAGCUACUCUUACGAAAGUGUACUGUCUACAAAAAUCCUGGUUCCGGGCGGUAAUAAAAAAAAUACCCCGUUGGGGUGGGGGCCAGUCACGGCUCGUUACAGAUUCAAUGAACCUGAUUGGCUGGUUUGUUGGAAUCGCUUGAAGUAUUACAAGGUGUUGACACUGCGUGAAAGUUAUUUAUUUUGUAAGUAACUCUUUAGUUUCUGUCUUUUGCAGAAUUUUCUAGUGGGAUCAUACGACUCGUAGUCUCUUCGUGCAAUUCAACGAAGGUUCCCCGAGUAACGAUACUUUUCCUUCGGGAAAUUUCGAAGAACCCCGCACCGAAAAAAAACACUUGUUUUUAAGCUAAUGAUGUUGUAAAUAACUUAAGUCCCACACGAGCUUUGUGAACUCGGGAAUUUUUAUAUGGAAACAAGAUUUUGCACUUUUGCAGUCUCUUAAAAAUAAAGUU